AUGUCCUCGGACUUUGGGGUUGAAGCUCUUGAAGUAAGUGCCAUGAGUUUAUUAGAGCAUUCGAGACAACUUUGGCAGAAGAUUCAUGCGUUACGUCAGAAGGCUGAAAACGUUGACAAGGAACUAUUUACUGAUGCAUUGCAUUGCUCUGCCAGGUGCAUACUGGGAAAGCUGGAGGCGAGCCACGCCGCGGCGGACCUCUGGGGAGGGUACUUGGACUGCUUUACACUGGCGUUGGAUUCUUUUGGCACAGUCUUCGCCGAAGACUUACUUUGGGAGUGUGAGGACAUAUUUACCGCGCUGUUGAAUUUCCCUGUUGAGCCGAAAGAUCUCUUCCAGGAGUAUUCAAGUUGCCUCGCCAUCCAGCAACGCACACGCAAGCGCACGAGCACCGAUUACACAGCUCCCACUCCGCCUUGCCCGAUGUUGGAGAGCAUGUCGUGGGAGGUGGCCGUAGUUCCCGAUAUUCCCCACGACGAAGUGCGGGCCUACCUGGAUUCCCUCCCGCCGAAGCUAACAUUUCCCUUGCAAAGAGGCAUGGUUCUUCUGUGUCUGUCUAACCCCCUACCUCUACCAGGGGCUAAUUUUGUCCGCUAUGGAUUCAGCUGUGAUACGUGCCAUAUCAAUAAUAUUCAAGUGGGGUUCCAGGCCGUGAUUUGCGGCAACGGCGACAAGGCGGUUGUUCGCAGCGAGGGACGCUUCUCGAAUGCGGCAUACCGCAUCGGCUUUGAUAUCUGUGUGGGAUGUGCCGUGUAUUUCUAUCGUGACGCGGUAUUGCGGUUAUCACACGCCAUUGAGGAUUGCUCGCGAACGUUUCGUGUGAGCCCCGCUGCGGAUGUCAAGUUGCAUUCAUUUGCAAGUGAGGGAAAUGUGGCGCACCUUACGGUCUCCUUUCGACCGUGGGGGGCGCGGCCCAUCGUGUGGAUACCAAAGCAAAAAGGGCCUAAUCCACCUGCGGAUUGGCGCUCGGCGGUAAGAAUUGAAAGCCACCUUCGGUACGACCCCUCACUGGGGGACGGCGGCGGCUAUGACUAUCUUUGUAGCAUUUGCCUACAGCCCUUGGCCAACGACAUGGCGGUGCUGGAGACGAUGUGUGGGCAUUGUUUCCAUGUAGAUUGUGCCCAAGAAAUGCUGACUAUGAUGGACGACAGGUGCCCAGUCUGUCGCCGAAAAUAUGUUUUUGGUACUUGGUUUGAGUUAGGGAACAGGUCAAACACGUACAAUGUUCAGUUCGAUUGUCCAGCUGACACCACUGAGUUUCUACUCACAGUGGGGGCGUUGUUGACAACGAAUGGGGAGUACGAUAACCCCACCAACAUAGCUGCCUGUAGGACGAUGCUUUUUAAAACAUCCCUGCGCUAUAGUUUUGGGUGCUGA